CGCCGCCCGUAGGCCGCGUGACGCGCCGCGGCCCCGCGCCCUCUCAUUGGCCGAUUCAAUAGUCGCGGGCUACUUGAACGGGGAGAGCGCCGCCGCCGCCGCGCGAGACUCGGCGGCCGCCGGCACGAGUCGCGCCCAUCCCCCGCCCGCCCCCCCCCCCCCCUUCCCCGUCCUCCUUCUCCUCAGCCGCCCCCGCCAUGAUGUUGGCGGAGCAGGAGAACCAGGAGAACGUCCCUCCGGGCGGCAAAGCUCCGCCGCCGCCCGCCGCCGGCACCCGCGUGGCGCUGGGACUGCUGCGGGGCUCCCAGCAGCGGCCCGGGCUCCCGCCGCAGGGGGAGCGGGGCGGCGGCGAGGGCCAUGGAGCGGCGGUGGGGCGGCCGGUCGGAGGGCAACAGGCCUUUACCAUCCAUGUGGACGAACCGGACGGGGAGCAGCGGCGGCGGCGGGGCGGCCCGGCGACCCAGAAAGAGGAGGCGGCGCUGGGGCUGCGUGCGGCCGUCUGCGCCCUGGGGGAGCGGCGGCCCCUGGCGCCCCUGAACAACGCCAUGGAGCUCAGCUUCGAUUCUCCAAGUAUUAUGGAUAUUUCAGUAACCUCAGAAGCAGAAGAGAAAAAACCAAACGUUAAUAACGUGCCAGACUAUAUCAGCGAUAUCCAUUCGUACCUUAGGGAAAUGGAGGUGAAAUGCAAGCCUAAAAUAGGUUACAUGAAGAAGCAACCUGAUAUCACAAACAACAUGCGGGCUAUUCUUGUGGACUGGCUGGUGGAAGUUGGAGAAGAAUACAAGUUACAGAAUGAAACCCUGCACUUAGCUGUAAAUUACAUUGAUAGGUUUCUUUCUUCAAUGUCUGUUUUGAGAGGAAAACUUCAGCUUGUGGGUACUGCAGCUAUGCUGCUUGCAUCAAAGUUUGAAGAAAUCUACCCUCCUGAAGUAGCAGAAUUUGUCUACAUCACAGAUGACACCUAUACCAAGAAGCAGGUUCUAAGGAUGGAGCACUUAAUUUUGAAGGUUUUAUCAUUUGACUUGGCAGCUCCAACAAUCAACCAGUUCCUCACUCAGUAUUUCCUACAUCAGCAGACAAAUGCUAAAGUGGAGAGCCUGUCAAUGUACCUUGGGGAGCUGAGUCUAAUUGAUGCUGAUCCUUACCUGAAAUACUUGCCAUCAGUUAUUGCUGCUGCAGCAUUUCAUCUAGCAAGCUAUACGAUCACUGGACAAACCUGGCCUGAAUCCCUGUGCAAAGUAACAGGCUACACCCUUGAAGACAUCAAGCCUUGCCUCGUGGACCUACACAAGACCUACCUCAAAGCAGCACAGCACACACAACAGUCCAUAAGGGAAAAGUACAAGAGUACAAAGUACCAUGGAGUAUCGCUUAUUGACCCACCAGAGACACUAAACUUAUUGUAAUAAUCAAGAGACUGAUCUUUUAAAAAGAUGUAUAUUACAAGAAAAUGAUGUACAGUUUUAAACAUGGUUCAAAAUUCUAGAUGUGAUCACUUGGAAUAUUAAUACAGGUUUUGAGGAGCUUAAUUAUGAAGUUAGCUUUAUGUGGUUUUAAUGUAAAUCUUUUGUACAUGCAAUCUUGUUAAAAUAUUUAGCUGGGGUUUUAUAAAAAUGUUCUCUUUGAGCACGGAAUUAACCAUGCAGACCAAGUGAAGUCUGAGACUGCUUAUCUAAUUAUAGACUAAACAUUAAUAUUAGCAGUGCAUUAUAGUAGGGCUUUUUCUCCCUCCAAGUAAGAAUGACUUGGACUCCACAUCAGUAUUUGUAGCAUUUUUGUACUGUCUAGUUUAAACUGAGACUUAGUAUAGAUCCAAAAUGUGGCUUAAUGGCUAUAAUACUGGAAGAAACAAAACUAUAUAGCUCUGAGAACACCUUGCUGGAACUGACUCUUGUGAGGCUCUUUAGGAUAUGCCAGUUACUGGAAGCCUUGAUUGCUAUGUCAUGUAUUGCCCGAUCUCCAUCAGGUUAAACGUUGAACGCUGUGCUCCAGGGACUGCAAGCAGCUAAAACUAGUAUACCAGUUCAUACUUCUCUCUUCCAGUACAUAGAAAAUGGUCUUGCUAUAGGCAUUUUCUAGUCAAAGUGUGAAACUGGUACUAAUUUAAACCCAUGGAGUUCCCACCGAUGUGUUAGCUGGCCUGACAGCCCAUCAGUAUCUACUAAAAAAAAUAAACAGUCAUCAGUCUGCUUACCUGGUACCUCUUCAGGGGCGGCAGAGGGAUUAAGCUGCAGGAGGGUGAACUACUUACUGCUUUGUGCCCUCAAGAGGAGGGAAUGUCUUCUGGCGUGGAUGGGCUACGUGCAGAAUGGUAUGAAUUCUGUACAUCCCUCUUGGGAAGGGUUCCUCUGCGGCACACGGCAAAAAUGUAGACCAACUGGUCUUAUUUUUCCUUAGUUCUAGACCCCUUACAUGAGCAAACUAGCACAUAAUCAGCAUUAGAUCAAGUGAACGUUUACCUUCAACCUGUGUAAAUGGGGUGAUGCUGCCCUGUACCCGCUGUUCUUUGCAUGUAAAGCAGUGAGUGCAUGGAAGUGGGUUUAAUCGAGCCAUUUCCAGGUUGGCUAAUAAACAGUUUCUACAUCUGA